ACCUCCUCACAAAGGAGGCUGUGGCUGCCUGCAGCAGUGGGAGGGUUUUAUAUUUCAGCUUGGUUUUCUCUCAUAUCCGAGUCCAGUCUCUGCUGCCUGACAUAUUCCGUGUGCCAUGGCGUCUCCUCUGAUGAGUCUGGGUCAAGACGAUAACAGGUACCAGAAAUCCUUCCAGCUUUUUCUGGAGCGCUCCUCUGAGCAUCAGUGUAUGCAGGACUUCAUCCACCGUCAGCUGCCAGAGAUACUGGCCAGUAUUGGAGAUGGAAAGUCCCAUCUAAAUGUCAUUGGAGUAGGAAGUGGAGCAGGUACCAUUGACCUUGAGAUGCUCUCUGUGCUGCGGCUGAAGCACCCAGCAGUGACUGUGGAUAACGAAGUGGUGGAGCCGAGCAGCCAGCAGCUACAUAACUACAGAGUUUCGGUCGCACAGAAACCAGAAUUAGAUUACGUUAAAUUUACCUGGAACAAGAUGACUGCCGGUGAGUUUGAGGAGGCCUGGAAAGUGAAAAAGUUGACAAAGAGAGCUGACUUCAUCCACAUGAUACAGAUGCUGUACUAUGUGAAGGAUCCUGGAGCGACCAUCGGCUUCUUCCAGAGUCUCCUUGACAAGAACGGGAAGCUUCUUAUCAUCUUAGUGUCUGGGGAGAGUGGUUGGGGGAGGCUGUGGCGGACCUACAGGCACCAGCUCUGUAAUACAGAAAUUAGUCAGUGUGUUACCACCGGAGACAUCAAAAGCUUCCUGGCCUCCACGGGAGUCAGCUACCAGAGCUACGAGCUGCCGUCUCAAAUGGAUAUCACCGAGUGUUUCACUGAAGGGGACGAGAAGGGAGAGCUGCUGCUUGAUUUUCUCACUGAGGUGCUGGACUUCAGUAAGACAGCUUCCCCUGAGCUGAGGGCCGGAGUCCUGGAGCUGCUUCGACACCCAGACUGUAGUGUGGAGUCCGACGGCAAAGUUCUUUUUAACAACAACCUUGGAGUGAUCGUCAUAGAUCCACUUUGUUAAUUAGUCAGGAGAGUGAACGUAAUGAUUGUGUUUGUCUUUUCUUCUUUUUUUUACCAUUGUCAGAGUCCCGUCAAAUUCUUCCACAAUGUGAUUCUCAGAGUUUUAUUCUGCUUUUUGAUUUCCAUCGUCAUAUCAUUUUAAUGAAUUACACUUGGCAGGCUCUGCUGGCAACACUGUCGCAUGGCUGCUCUCGUUGGAUCAUAAUGCUUUGGAAAUAAAAAAACAAAUGAAAAAAAAUAA